CUCGUGAAAAGUACAUAGCUGAGCUCGAGCAGGAUCAUUUCGAAAGCUCUGGCUCUUCGGCGCUAGAACAGAGAAUUAAGGAAAGUAAUUUAGUUAUUGAAAGGUUGGAAACUCAAUUGUCUUUAAAAAACGAAUCUUUGCGGAGCAAUCAAACAGAACUGCAUGCUCUAAAAGAAGAAAAUUUGCGGCUUAAAACGGAAGUUGUGCGCCAUUCCGAAGAAAGAUAUCUUAACGAGCAGCAGUGCGAGCAAAAUGACAAUUUGAAGAAACAGUUGGAAUCUGUACUUAGUGAACUUUCCGAGUGCAGAGAUCAAGUGUUGUCUCUGCAGAAGGAGAAAACGUGCCUUCGAGAAAAAGUUUCGGAGUGGGAAUCUCGCGUGGAAAGGGAAUCUUGCACAUUGCAACUUUAUCAGGAAAAAAAUCUCGCCGACUUUCAGAAAAUUGAAAUAGCCGUUAAGGACCUUCUGACAACUUUUGACUGCGCUAGUGGAGACCUCGUUGCUGGAGUUUGCCCACGGAUUUGGAGCAAUGAAAGAAAUGAUAUAAACAUAGAAGCUCUGAAAACGUACAUACAUAAAGCCAAAGAGCGCCUUCAAACUCGCGAGAGCGCUUUAAUGGAGCAGUUUUUAGCUAAGGAAAAGGAACUUGAAGACGUAAUGAAUAACUUUCAGGACCUGAAAAACGAUGUAGGCCUGAAAGAUGCCCUUUUGGACGCUCUUAAAAAGGAAAACGCUGAACUACUUUAUACUAAUAAAAGCCUCAACGAUUUCAUAGAACAUUUGGAGGCCGUUAAGGAAGAGGCGCUAAUGUUACUUAAGAGCUUUAUUAACGAGGCUCAGACAUCACCACUCCUUGAAAGAAGAACAGAGAGCGAGUUUACGUGGAAAAACAUAUUGGAGGAGUUAAAGAAAAAGAAGGAUGAAAUAUUAGCGGGGAUACGCUCUCGCGAAGCAGAGUUAACUCGUGUGACCACCUGCUUAGAAGAGCUUAAGAUGAGAUACGAUAGCCUAAGAGAGAAGAAAGACCACGAAAUAACCUCGUUAAAGGAGACGCUCGAGAGUGAAUGCACUCAGCGAGAAAAGCUUGCAACAGAAAAGGCGCAAGUAGAAAAGGUCAAUGAAGAAAGUUUAGCGCAACUAGAAUCACUCACAUUGUUGAAUAAAAAAUUAUUGUCCGAAAAGGCACAACUCCAGCAUUUAUUGGAAGAAAAAAAUAAGAUUUUACAAGAGAAGGAACGAACGAACACCCUUGAAGGUCUGCGUCCAGAAAAAGAGGAUGUAUGCUUCUUAGUCGAAUGUUGGCCCGAUUCGUUCAAAAAGUUUUUGCGCGUACUCUUGGAAGAAUCUUCUAGAUACUUUUUGGAGAAAAGGUCGGGAAGUUUAAUGGAGUCUACAAAUUAUUUUGAGAAGACGGCAGCCGAAUUCGACCAUUUCGAAGAAACUACUAAGAAAGAAUUAUAUGCGUUUAUUGAAAAGGUCGUUAACUUCAAAAAAAAGGAAGCUGGAAACUUAGACAUCGGGCAAAAAGAAGUGGGAGCUAAUAAAGAAAAUUCUGGUGAAUAUCUAGCCUCUAGUAGAUUAUUAGACGAUUCGUUACAUCGGGAAAUUUCCCGGUGCAAAGAAAGUCUUAGAAAAAUGAAUGAUGUUUUACAGCUAAAAGAAAAAGAUAUCUUUAAACUUAAUAACCUCGUUAAUAUUCUUAAAGAAGAGCAAAGGCACUAUGCACAAGGAUGGAUUGAACAUGUGGUCAAGGAGACCUGCGAGGCUAUGUUUGCCAGCGGGCAUCAACCGACCUUCAACAAUUGUGAAGAUUCGACUUGGGCAAGCGAGGCAGGGUUUACCUUUCUGAGAAAGACAGAUUUGGACUUUAUUCAAAAAAGAAAGGAAGCGUACAUAUGCUACGUAAGUGAAAAAAUAGAGCGCUUUCAAAGAAGCGAGAAGCGGUGCUUUCAGCAACAGUACGAGCAACUCCUACUGUUGAUGAAAAGCAAAGUGUUAGAGCACAACAGACAGCAGCAAGAACUUUUUCAAGCUCAAUUUAAAGCAGAAAAAAGGAUUUUGGCUCAGAAAAUAAAUGCUUAUUACCAGGGUCAAUUAGAGAAUUGCACCUGUCGGCAGCGUUCAUUACGUCCCUACCCUUUGUUCACCGCGUAAGACGGGCCGGCAUCUGUUAAACAUUAAUUAAUCAAUUGUAUACUUUUUGUUUUGGGUCUUCCUACUGCAAAGGAAACUAGUUACUCUUAUACUAUGUACUUAAUUUGUGUAGCCAGCGAAGCUAAAUAAACCCAUUUUGUUA